AUGUCUGUCGUCAAUGAGAAAUCAGUGGUCAGGUGUCCACCGUCGGCGGUCGAGCACAUGGGAGUCUAUGCCCCACUCGGAUGCGGACUCCAGACCGGCGCCGGAACGGUCAUGAACGUCGUCAAGCCGGGCAAGGAAGACUCAAUUAUCAUUUUCGGACUCGGAAGUGUGGGUCUUGCGGCGUUGAUGGCAGCACGCUACCUCGAAACCGGACAGAUCAUUGCCGUCGAUAUUGUUCCCGAACGCCUUGUGCUUGCAAAGGAGCUUGGAGCCACCCACAUUAUCAACUCGAGAGAAUGCAGCGAUGUAGUCCAAGAGAUCAAGAAAAUUAGCAAUGGGGGUCCAACAUUCGCUGUAGAAUGCACUGGAAUCUUGAAGGUCAUUGAAGACAUGAUUGCUUGCAUCGGUCCCUUAGGUACAGCUGUCCAAGUUGGGGUACCGCCUCCAGGAGCGGCAAUCAAGCUCGACCCGCAAGAGUUCCUGAUUUGGAACAAGAAAUAUGUUGGCGUAAUUGAGGGAGAUGCGGUUCCUGCAGAGUUCAUUCCCAGAUUGAUCUCUAUGCACCAAGAAGGCAAAUUUCCCAUCGACAAGUUAGCUGGGUUUUACCCAGCAUCACAGUUGAACCAUGCCAUACAAGAAAUGGCUGCCGGAAAGGUCAUCAAGCCAGUGAUUCAAUGGAGUUAG